UUACUUAAUUUUUUUUAGUACUUAAAAUUAAAAUACUUAAUUAUUUACAACACAUUUUAUUUAAUCAAAUACAGGAAACCACUCAUAGUGAAUGUAAUGUUUAUAAAAUCAUUCUUAUUGAUUUGCAAGCCUACAUUAACAUUAAAAAAUUUCAUUUCAUUGCAUUUGAGUUAUAAUAAAAAGAAAAUGAGUACUUUGGAAAAUGUUAUUGAUGGUUUAAAUGAUGUUAAACAUCGAAUUAAAGUUGUAUCACAAAAACAAAAGGAGUGCUAUGGAGAACCAAGGCUAGUUGCUGUUAGUAAAACAAAACCUAUAGAACACAUAAUUGGUAUUUACGAGAAUGGUCAAAGGCAUUUUGGAGAAAACUAUGUUCAAGAAUUGAUCUCUAAAUCAACUGAUGUCGAAAUAUUAAAUAAAUGUCCAGACAUCAAAUGGCAUUUUAUUGGUCACAUACAAAAAAACAAAGUUCCGAAACUAUUAAUGGUUCCCGGUUUACAUGUUAUUGAGACAAUUGAUAGUGAAAAAUUAGCAAGUGCUGUUAAUGAUGGAUGGAAAAAACUUAACAAAGAAAGUAAAUUAAAAAUAAUGGUUCAAGUCAACACUAGUAAUGAAAAAGAAAAAUUUGGCACUACAACUGAUUCAGUAGUAGAUUUAUAUAAAUUUAUUAUUGAGAAAUGUGACUAUUUAGAACUGAUUGGUUUAAUGACAAUAGGCCAGUAUGGUUAUGAUUGUUCUCAAGGACCAAAUCCAGAUUUUUUGACUCUGAUUGACUGUAAAAGAAAUGUUUGCGAUAAAUUACAAUUAAAUCCAUCCAAAAUGGAAUUAUCUAUGGGCAUGUCUGAUGAUUUUGAACAUGCUAUUGAAUUAGGAAGUACAAAUGUUCGAGUUGGAAGUAGUAUUUUUGGUUUUCGCCCAAGAAAAGAAAAGCAAUGAUUUAUUUAUAAUAGUAAUUCAUUAAAAAAUAUAUUUGAUUUAUCUUAUAUUCAUUUAAUUUAAAUAAGAUACUUUUUUAUUGUGAACUAAACAUCUUAGUAUAAUGUUACCCAAGAAAUUUAGAAAUACCUAUAUAAUUAUAAAUGUACUUAAAAAUACUCAUACAACUUACAAUUUGGUCAACUGGUUUUCACAUAUAAAGUGUUUAUGAAUAAAA